AUGAAUUCACUGUGGUCCCGUCUCAACAUCUUAUCUGCUCUUUCUCCAAAACAGUCUUGCCGUAGUGUGCAAAACACUAUUCCCCAACCAACCAAUGCUUGUGAAAAUGCACCACACCUUGCCGAAGCAAGCAUGAAUCCAGAAAGUUCAAAUCAGGAAAACAUAUAUACUGAUAUGUAUACAUCCAGUCCAGUCAGUCCAAUCAGUACAGUCAGUCCAAUCAAUGAUCCAAGAAUCCCUGUUUCACCAAUCUCGUCCCUGAUUGAGGCAGCUAGGAUACUGCAGUCUGGAAAGCAAUGCGACUCUACAGUAUCAACCAUAUAUACUGCAGAGUCCAUUGCACCAGAUUCAGCAGUGACUGGUCAUUCAUCAGGACCCGUUGAGCAUUAUACCGAUGCUCAAGCAUCUAUGCUGUCAUACAGCUAUGCUAAACGGGUUUUGGCGUGUGACAAACCGCCUUUUGAAACUCGGUAUAAAGCUGACCAGAUGCAGUACACAAGCAUUGGAUCUGUGUGCAUGCGAUUGAUCAACAGCGAUUUGUCAGUGUACACGCAGACCAACAAUUUAUGUGGUAUCAGUCCAAUCCAAACUACUGGCAGGGCAACUCGAGGUAAUAUGAACUCGAUUGGAAACGUUGACUUUUUCAUAUCGAUGGACGAAAUGCGACAAACAGUCAAAUACCUCACCAUGCAAGCUGUAUUCCUGAAAACUGAUAUGGCCGCUGUCACUAGCGCAUUUGGUCAGUUGCAGAGUCAAACCAAUGACAUUGUUGCCAUGAUGACCAAACACGACAAUGUCAUUCGAUCAUUACUGGGACAGAUCUUGGUCAAACUGGACUCUGGUUGCUCACCAACACAUGCAGUUGUUAUACCAGUUGCGGUAUUCGAAACCAUUUCCACGACUGUAAACACCACCGCAACUGUGACUGUGUUUUGUCCACAAAGUCAAUCCAAGUUGUUCAUAUGCGACAACAGCACGUUGCACACACACGCAGACUGUCGAUACGGAAUGUCAAGCAACAAUCGACUUAUUCCGUAG